GCCGCACCCGCGCCGCGCUCCGCGGCGGGCUCUAGGCGAUGCCGAGCAGCUCGGACACGGCGCUGGGGGGAGGCGGGGGCCUGAGCUGGGCCGAGAAGAAGUUGGAGGAGCGCCGCAAGCGCAGGCGGUUCCUGUCCCCUCAGCAGCCGCCGCUGCUGUUGCCGCUCCUGCAGCCGCAGCUCCUGCAACCGCCGCCGCCCCCGCCGCCGCUGCUCUUCUUGGCUGCCCCCGGCGCGGCCGCCGCCGCCGCAGCCGCCGCCGCCGCCGCGGCCUCCUCCUCUUGCUUCAGCGCGGGCCCCCCCCUGGAGGUCAAGCGGCUGGCCAGAGGCAAGAGGCGCCCGGGAGGGCGGCAGAAGCGGCGCCGCGGGCCCCGCGCCGGGCAGGAGGCGGAGAAGCGCCGGGUCUUCUCGCUGCCCCAGCCGCAGCAGGACGGCGGCGGCGGAGGCGGCGGCGGCGGCGGUGGCGGCGGCGGCGGGGGUGUGACCCCGCCGGCGGAGUACGAGGAUGUGAGCUCCCAGUCCGAGCAGGGGCUGCUGCUCGGGGGAGCCGGCAGCGCGGCAACGGCGGCGACGGCUGCCGGGGGGACGGGGGGCAACGGCGCGAGCCCGGCCUCCUCCUCGGGCACCCAGCGGCGCGCGGAGGGCUCGGAGCGCAGGCCGCGCCGGGACCGCCGCAGCAGCAGCGGCCGCAGCAAGGAGCGCCACCGCGAGCACCGGCGGCGGGACGGCCCGCGCGGGGCGGGCGGCGGGGAGGCCUCCAAGUCCCGCGGCCGCCACGGCCACGGCGGCGACGAGCGGGCCGAGGCCUCCAAGAGCGGCGGCAGCAGCAGCAGCGGCGGCGGCGGCCGCCGGAAGAGCGCCUCGGCCACGUCCAGCAGCAGCGGCGGCCGCAAGGACCGCGACCCCAAGGCCCACCGCAGCCGGACGAAGGCGUCCAAGGAGCCGCCGUCGGCCUACAAGGAGCCGCCCAAGGCCUACCGGCGGCGGCAGCGGUCUCUGAGCCCGCUGGGGGGCCGGGACGACAGCCCGCCGUCCCACCGGGCCUCGCAGAGCCUGCGGAGCCGCAAGUCCCCCAGCCCGGCCGGAGGCGGCGGCAGCCCCUACUCGCGGCGCGCGGCCCGCUCGCCGAGCCCCUACGGCCGCCGCCGCUCGCCCAGCUACAGCCGCCACAGCUCGUACGAGCGGGGCGGCGACGUGUCCCCGAGCCCCUACAGCAGCAGCAGCUGGCGCCGCUCGCGCAGCCCCUACAGCCCGGUGCUCAGACGGUCUGCCAAAUCGCGAAGCAGAAGUCCGUAUUCAUCGAGGCAUUCAAGAUCGCGGAGCAGGCACAGACUGUCUCGAUCCAGAAGCCGUCAUUCUAGCAUUUCUCCGAGCACAUUGACUCUGAAGAGCAGCCUGGCAGCUGAGUUGAACAAGAAUAAAAAGGCCCGAGCUGCAGAGGCAGCGAAGGCUGCUGAAGUGGCUGCCAAGGCUGCCAAAGCCUCUAGCGCUUCCACACCCACCAAGGGGACCACGGAGACAGGUGCCGGUGUGGCGCAGACCAACCACGUGAAGGAUACGAAGAAACUUAAAACCGAGCCUGCACCUUCUCCCCCGAGUGGUGGGACUGUGAAAAAUGACAAGGCAAAAGCAAAGCCUCCUCUUCAGGCAACCAAGGUAGAAAAUAACUUGAUUGUAGACAAAGCCACCAAGAAAACUGUUGUGGUUACAAAGGAGAGUAAAAGUGCUGCUACAAAGGAGGAACCAGUAUCUCUUAAAGAGAAAACGAAACCACUGACACCGAGUGCAGGGGCCAAGGAGAAGGAGCCCCACGUGGCUUUAGUGACUUCCACACUCCCACCUUUACCUCUGCCUCCCAUGCUGCCUGAAGAUAAAGAUACCGAUAGCUUAAGAGGCAAUAUUUCUGUAAAAGCAGUUAAAAAAGAAGUAGAAAAGAAACUCCGGUGUCUUCUUGCUGACUUACCACUGCCCCCUGAGCUUCCUGGAGGAGAUGAUCUUUCAAAGAGUCCAGAGGAAAAGAAAACAGCACCGCAGUUGCACAGUAAAAGGAGGCCCAAAAUAUGCGGGCCUCGCUAUGGUGAAAUCAAAGAAAAAGAUAUUGACUGGGGAAAACGCUGCGUGGAUAAAUUUGAUAUCAUCGGAAUUAUUGGAGAAGGUACUUAUGGACAAGUUUACAAGGCCAGGGAUAAAGACACUGGAGAAAUGGUAGCCUUAAAAAAAGUACGUCUGGAUAAUGAAAAAGAAGGCUUUCCAAUUACAGCCAUUAGAGAGAUUAAAAUUCUUCGGCAGCUAACCCACCAAAGUAUCAUCAACAUGAAGGAGAUCGUGACUGACAAAGAAGAUGCUCUGGAUUUUAAGAAGGAUAAAGGUGCAUUUUACCUGGUGUUUGAAUAUAUGGACCAUGAUCUCAUGGGACUACUGGAAUCAGGCUUGGUUCAUUUCAAUGAAAAUCACAUAAAGUCAUUUAUGAGACAGCUCAUGGAAGGUCUGGAUUAUUGUCAUAAGAAGAACUUCUUACACAGAGAUAUUAAGUGUUCAAAUAUCCUUCUAAAUAAUAGAGGGCAGAUAAAACUUGCAGAUUUUGGACUUGCGCGAUUAUAUAGCUCAGAAGAAAGCCGGCCAUAUACUAACAAGGUCAUUACUUUGUGGUACCGUCCACCAGAGCUGCUAUUGGGAGAAGAAAGAUAUACACCAGCUAUUGAUGUAUGGAGCUGUGGAUGUAUCCUUGGUGAACUCUUCACUAAAAAACCUAUAUUUCAAGCAAACCAGGAACUUGCACAACUAGAGUUAAUAAGCCGUGUAUGUGGGAGUCCGUGCCCAGCAGUAUGGCCUGAUGUAAUCAAACUACCGUAUUUCAACACCAUGAAACCAAAGAAGCAGUAUCGUCGAAAAUUAAGAGAAGAAUUUGUUUUUAUUCCUGCAGCCGCCCUCGACCUGUUUGAUUACAUGCUCGCCUUGGAUCCCAGCAAGCGCUGCACUGCUGAGCAGGCUCUUCAGUGUGAGUUCCUGCGAGAUGUGGAACCUUCAAAAAUGCCUCCACCAGACCUUCCUUUAUGGCAAGAUUGUCAUGAAUUAUGGAGUAAAAAGCGAAGGCGACAGAAGCAGAUGGGCAUGACGGAUGAGGUUUCCACAGUGAAAGCCCCCAGAAAGGACCUGUCUCUGGGAUUGGACGACAGCAGGACUAGCACCCCCCAGGGCGUGCUGCCACCCACACAGCUGAAGCCUCAGGGCAACUCGAGUGCAGCACCUGUAAUAACAGGCCCCGGACAGCAGUUAAACCACAGUGAAUUGGCAAUUCUACUAAACCUACUACAGUCUAAAACAAGUGUUAAUAUGGCUGAUUUUGUCCAAGUGUUGAACAUUAAGGUAAACUCUGAGACUCAACAGCAGCUAAAUAAAAUAAACCUUCCUGCUGGAAUUUUGGCAACAGGUGAAAAACAGACAGAUCCAUCCACACCACAGCAGGAGUCUUCAAAGCCACUGGGAGGAAUUCAGCCUUCUCAGACCAUCCAGCCUAAAGUGGAAACGGAUGCUGCCCAGGCUGCUGUGCAGAGCGCAUUUGCAGUUUUGUUGACUCAGUUAAUAAAGGCCCAGCAGUCAAAACAGAAAGAUGUGCUACUAGAAGAGAGGGAAAAUGGGUCAGGACAUGAGGCAUCAUUGCACCUCAGGCCACCUCCAGAACCUAGCACGCCAGGAUCUGGACAAGAUGGCCUCGUGCAGCCCCAGGACAGAAGACUGGGACUGACGCCAGAAGCAGACCGGCCUCGGAUCCUGCCUCCUGAUCAGCGGCCUCCUGAGCCUCCUGAACCACCCCCAGUCACUGAAGAAGACCUGGACUAUCGGACAGAAAGCCAGCAUGUUCCCACCACUAGUUCUUCCCUGACUGACCCCCAUGCUGGCGUGAAGGCAGCUCUGUUACAGCUGCUUGCUCAGCAUCAGCCACAAGAUGAGCCUAGGAGAGAAGGUCGCAUUGAUUACCCCCCCUCAGACUGCAAGGACGACUUUGGAUCUUUCUCUUCGGCUCCUUAUGUGAGCACCGAUGGCCUGGGAAGUGCUUCUGCCAGUACACCACUGGCACGGCGUGGCUUCGUUGGGAACUCGGAUGCCCAGUCUCUGGAGAGCUGCAGUGCUGCUCCAUCUCACACUGGGGGCCCACCUCAACCUUCUGCCUUUCCUGAGUCAUUUCCCAGUUCAGUAGCUGGGUAUGGAGACAUUUACCUCAAUGCUGGUCCCAUGUUGUUUAGUGGAGACAAGGAUCAUAGAUUUGAAUAUAGCCACGGUCCUAUCGCAGUCCUGGCAAACAGCAGUGACCCCUCCACAGGACCAGAGAGCACUCACCCUUUGCCAGCAAAGAUGCACAACUAUAACUAUGGUGGUAAUUUACAGGAAAAUCCAGGUGGCCCCAGCCUUCUGCAUGGUCAGACCUGGACUUCUCCUGCCCAAGGACCUGGAUAUUCACAAGGAUACAGGGGACAUAUUAGCACAUCAGCUGGCAGAGGUCGAGGCAGAGGGUUACCGUACUGAGUAUCUGUUUUUCCUCAGGCACAUCAUUUUUAUCUGGAAAGACUUUUCUCGCUGCGCCAUAAGGCGGCGAUCCAAGAGACUUGAAUGAUACUAAUUCAGCAACAGCUUUAUUUUUAUGUGGAGGAGGGUCUUGCAUACAAUAGUGAAAAAAGACAAAAAAAAAAAAACACCUUUGCUUAAAUUCAUGCUGUUCUUAAAACUCGCUCUAUUGAUUGUACAUCUUCACAGAUUCUAGUUAACAAUUUUAUUUUGUAUUCUUGCAGUUUUAAGUGGAUGCUAAUCUUGGGGGCAUAAAGUUUUUAUGGCUUCCCGCAGAUCUCUGAACUAUGCACAUUUGUGCUUUUUUUUGUAAGUUUGGACCAACUUUUAUGUAACAACCAACCCUUUCCCACCCCCAGUUUUACAACAAUCAGAAAGGGCACUGAUUUAGUUAGUACUUUUCUUUUUACAAAGCUACCUUUAGUCCAAGGUCACUGUCAGUCUUUGCACCUGCUCCCAGUGUUAUUGUGAAAGGCGAACUUUGUGCUCAUUUCAGAAAAUAAAACACAACCUUUCUCUUGAUGCAACAGUUUUAUAUAAAAAAUGGUCAAUGUUAUUUUUGUUUUAUUUUGCAGAUUACCAUAACUUGGGCAAAAUGCAUUCAAAUGAAAUAGUAAAUAGUGGUUUUAUAUGAAAAUAUGGGUAGGGUGGGGAGGGUGAAGUAAGUGCCUUAGCAGGUAAGCUGAAGGUGUGAAAAAGUAGCUAACCUUAUACCCAUUUGUCUUCUAAAGGAAAUAAAUGCAUUUACUGCAGAGGAAGGAGGCCCUCAACCUGUAAUCUGUCUGGUCCCUUGUCUCUGUGUGUCACACUAUCUUCUUUUCUGCCUGCCCGUGGGCUGUGUUAACUUUUACUACAUGAACGCAAAGAAAGGGAGCAGUGCAGCUCUGCAGUCCAGGACCUUUUGAUACUUUGGAGGGGUUAAGUGCUGAAAGUAAUAGCUAAAUUAGAAGUUCAGAGUGGUCUUUUCUGGCUGCGUAUCGACCCUGUUUCUACUUGGAGGGGUGGGAGUUUAGAAGCAAGAACUGGUAACAUAAUUUGCAUAAAUAUACUGAGGCUCUUGGGAAGAAGGUGGCCAACACUGUAUUUUAAGUUGUGCAGUUAUCACUUUAAGAAAGUUAGCUCAUUAAGUAGAAUUUAUUGAAGCAAAAGAAAAGCAGUAAGAGAGAGCAUCCUACCUUCCUCACUUCUAUAAUGUUUACUAUGACAUCUGCCAGACUUAGAUCAGUGUGGGGUCAUUUUAACAUGUUCUAUUCAAAGCAACAAAAUGUAAUUGUAGUAUUGUCAAAUUUCACUAAUGUUGUGUGUUCACACACAAAAUACACAAUUACAAUAAUUCUAGAAAGGAACCAAAGUAAACCCAUGUUUCCAUCAUCACUCAAUGGAGAAGUAGAUUCUAGGAAAUUAAAGUGUGUCAAUUAACAGUUUCAGCUAUCCUAGUGACUUUUUAAAUUGGACACUUAAAUUGGAACAGUGGUUAUGGAAUGAAAAUUCCUCUACUUCUAAAGCCAGUGCCCUCUUUCUGACUUGUGAGCCUACAUUAGGAAAUAAUAUUAUUUGGUAACAGGAUAUUUUAAAGAAGAUAAUUUGCAACUUCACUAUUAUAAAAUGAGUUGUCAAUUGACCAUUUUAUUUUUUGAUGGAAUUUUUGUUGAUAAGAACAAAAUUAUUGGAAGAAAAAAUAUUUUUCUUUUAUCUGAAUAUUGAGUACUAACAACUUACAAUAAAACUGCAUUACAGAAAGUGAAAUAUUUUGAAACUUAGCAAAGUAGCUAUAGUAGUCAAGUCUCUGAAAUCCUAAUAUGGUAAGUCUUAGAGCCUUAGACUUUACUAUAAAGUGACAGCAUCUACAUCAUUCUCACAGUCACACCUGGCCACGUCUGCUGGCCACCAACAGCUAACCUAAAAUUGAAAAUAUUUAUGUGACAUGAAUAGCCUGUUUUAAAAAUUAAAUAUUUUAUAUAAAAUUGAAUUGUGUUUGGAUAGUUUUUGUAAAAGCAUUUCAGUUACAUAUUUAUGUUGGGACAGUGGCUGGGAGGGCAGGGAAAUUGUGGGUUUUAAAAUGGAAAUUUGAAGUAUACCUUUUAAUAUUCUAAAUCUUCUAAGACAGUAUUGCUUUUGAAUUCAUACUAAUACCUGAUGUACCCCAGAGAAGAAAAAGAUGUUACUACUCAAACCAUAACACAAUGUUAAGAUGCCAUCAAUUGUAAGAUAAUUGCACAUUGGAAAGUGGUGUUAUAUGAACAAGUGUCUUAUAAUUGAUGAAAUAUGGUAGUAAAAACUGUUAACACAGCCCUGUAUAACACUUAGUACCUUAAUUUACUGAAUUUUGAUUAAUAAAAGAGCAGAAUUGGAAAACCACUAAUUCUUUAGGGUAUAAUAACUACAGCAAUCACUGAGUAUUUGUGGGUGUUAAUUAAAAUAUUCCAAUUUUUGGGAAGAAGCAAAUCAAUGGCAAAUAAUGGAAAUAGAUUGACCUAUGAAAAAGAACACAUGUACCUUCUUCCAGGUGAAAUUCUCUUGUGUGUGUCCUGACACAGCAAGUUUCUCUGCAUGGAACUCGAUGUUUUCCAAGUCCUCAGUCAUUAUCUGUUGGAGAAUUGAAAUUUUAAAGUAAUAAUCCUAGGGGGUUUAUUGAUUAAAGUAAUUUGUGGGAUGUAAAUUAAUGUAAUAGUUUUAACUGUGAUUCUACGUUUUAUUCUGUUAGCAAAUAUAUAUUCAGUGACUAACAUGUGCCAGUUCUAGUCCUUGGGAUGUAUUAAUAAACAUGAAAGCUAUUUAAUCCUG